CACAUCAGGUCAGGCGAUUGACGUGCGGGGGGAAACUCGGAAGUCGCUCCUCAGUCUCAUGGCUCUAGGUGCUUCUUGUCGGAUUUGGGGUAGUCUUCGUGGUCAUCGUUUGAUCUGCAUUGUGAACACAUGCUACAGAUAUGGAGGAUGGAGGAAGGGCACGAUCAUGCGCGCCCGCCGUGCUUGCCGAUGAUCCUACCCUCGGCUUGAAGGUGGCGGCUAUGGCGGUCGUCGUAAGGCGCAACAGUUGCAAGUGUGCCAGCAUUGUCUCCUCCCUCUCAAAUGGUCUCUUCGAAAUGUGGUGAAGUACCGAUCCUCAAGCGUGCGGCAUUCGGGGAAAAAAAGAAGGCAAAAAAAGAAUGACCUUGGUUGUGCCGACUGGGCCUGUUGACUGUGCGGAAACCGAGCCUGAUUGCGAGCCUAAUGCAGGUGUCGACGCCGUGUCGAAAACCCAAGGAGCUUGUCAUUGAUCCAUGCGCACAGCGAGUGAUGUCCUCCCAGCACCAGUUGAUUGGUUCGCGAAGGAAGCCCUUGGCCUGUGUUGAAGACUCGUUCGGUCAUCUAGCUUCGCGGUGUAAAUUUGGUGACGUCAACGUCUUUAAUCCGGAAUGGCUCUCGCGGGCAUCAUCGACCAGAUGACCAUGGCAAGAGAGUACGCUCUACUGGGAAACUACGACACAGCAUUGGUGUAUUUCGAUGGGGUCAUAUCCCAGAUCAACAAACAUCUGCGUACAGUAGACGAUCCUGUCAUUCGACAGAAAUGGAUAAAGUGCAAGGAGGACCUGGCGGAGGAGUUUGAUAUCGUGAAACAGAUAGAUCUUGAGAGGUUAGCAUUUAAAGAGCUGCCAGGAUCUGGGCUUCGGUUGCCAUCUCCUCGUGCAACGAACCGCCAACAGAUGCUCUUCCCCGUGGAGGAGUACAACUACGACGAUCCGGACGUCUGGAGACCCCCAUCGAGGGAGGCAGCGCCUACGAUCACGAUGGGCAGACGACCCGGGAGGGUCAUGUCGGGGGCGACAGGUGGCGGUGCUGGGCGGCGUCUCGACAGGUAUGCAGGGGCGGAUGGAGAUGGAAGGUGGCCCUCAAGAGUAUCAGGGAGCCGAGCAGCUGACGCCAAGGGGUCUGGUGGGGUGUCCGCAUCUGGCCUGAGGGGUGCCAGGGGGGGGGCUGUUGGGACCUCGGGGAGAGGAGGGGAUGGCAACUCAUUUGGGACCGGAACCCGAGCUGGUGCAAGAGUGGGGAGCAGAAAAGGGGGAGGAGGAGUGUCGAGUGCUCGAUCAACUCCGCCGCGGAGGGAUUCAACGGGGGCAAGCGAUGAGGAUAAGAGACCUGUAAGAGGAAGAUAUGAAGGUCCAGACCAAGAGCUUGCUGCGAUGCUUGAAAGAGAUGUUGUCGAAACGAGUCCUGGGGUGAGGUGGACAGACAUUGCAGGUCUCACGGAGGCAAAGAGGUUACUUGAAGAAGCUGUUGUCUUGCCGCUAUGGAUGCCACUCUUCUUCCAGGGCAUCCGAAGACCAUGGAAGGGCGUUUUGAUGUUUGGGCCGCCAGGAACAGGAAAGACGUUGCUUGCCAAGGCAGUUGCUACAGAGUGUGAGUCGACUUUUUUCAAUGUCUCUUCAUCGACCUUGGCAUCAAAGUGGCGUGGAGAGUCUGAGCGUAUGGUUCGAUGCCUAUUUGAUAUGGCACGAGCAUAUGCCCCGAGUACCAUCUUCAUUGAUGAGAUUGAUGCACUAUGUACAUCCAGAGGGGUGGCUGGGGAGCAUGAAUCUAGUAGAAGGGUCAAAUCAGAACUCCUGGUUCAGAUUGAUGGGUGUAACAGUAGCACAGGUGAUGAUGGAGAGAAGAAGAUAGUCAUGGUAUUGGCGGCCACAAACUUUCCUUGGGAUCUUGACGAGGCUUUAAGGCGGAGGUUGGAAAAGAGAAUCUACAUCCCGCUGCCAGAUGAGCAAAGUCGAAGAGAUCUCAUCAGAAUAAAUCUCAAGGGUGUUGAGGUGGCACCUGACGUGGAUAUCGACAGCCUAGCCGCCAGGACGGAGGGGUAUAGCGGUGAUGACCUGACAAACAUCUGCAGGGAUGCAUCGAUGAGUGGAAUGAGACGGAAGAUCAUCGGGAAGAAGCCAGAGGAGAUUCGGAACAUGAGCAAGGAGGAAAUGGCGGACCCCAUAGAGAUGCGGGAUUUUGAGGAAGCCCUGUCGAAGAUCCAGCCAAGUGUCUCAGGUGCAGAUAUUGAGAAGCACGUGAAAUGGUAUUUGGAGUUUGGCUCGGGCUAACAGUUCAGUAAGGUGGUUGCUGUUUUGCGGGAAUGUGUGAUAUUUGGUUGUUUGGAGUGUGAUGGCGAAGAUUGAUAGCAGCAAUGUGAAUUGAUGUUAGUGUUGGUGAGCAGGCUGGCAGAUGUUUGAAGCUGUGAAUUUGUCAAGCUGCCGAUAGGCAGCCAUUCUUACCGUUUCUUAUUAUAGGCAGUAGUGUGUGUGUGUGUGUGUGUACAUGCACGUGUCUGUACGUGGUUGGCUGUGUGCGUGGGUGGUUGCGGAAGUGUGUGUGUCUGGAUGUGUGUGAGGGGGGAGGGGGAAGUGUGUGUGUGUGUGUGUGUGUGUGUGCACAGGUGCAUACUUUCUCUUGGGUGUGUGCUUUGGUGUGCAGCAUCGUGCUCUCGUUGGGACUCGGGGGCACAGCAUCAUCCCAUCUUACGUGCUUGGGAUGUCGAAGGGUUGCUUGUGGAUCUUCACAAGGAGGUGGAAGAAAGAAGGGGUGUUGGAAAAAUGGGAGGGAUGGCAUAAGGUACAGAGGGACUCAUUUAUGUGGAACAACUGAAGUUGGUUGGGGGUCACGGAGGCAGGAGAAGAGAGGAUGGUAAGCUGGGACGGGUUGCAACAAGAGAUGGGUGGGUGGGUGGGCGGUUCAAUAGGGGAGUAAAUGUGUCUGGUGUUAGCCAUGCGGUAUUGACUAUGGUUUGACAGAGAAUGCUCUCGAGGAACGCUCAGCCAAGUAAAUAUCUGGAACCAGG